UAUUUUCCGACCUGAAAAAGAUAUUUGUGUAAGGUAAAAAGUUGUUUUUCGUGAUCAGCAACUCUCACUCUAUCAAAUGAUGUAAAAAAAACGGCAAAACAAAUUUUUACUUGAAUUUCGCAUUGCCUGCACCUUACAUCUAUUUACAAAUUUAAAGCUGUGAUCACUUUCUUGGGGCGUGCUUUUGUUUUUCGUUUGCCUAAUGGUUGAAUACGUGUUUUAUCGCUAACUUGAUACAAGUUAAAAAAUUGCCAAUCCAACCAAAUGUUUACAUGAAUAUUGUUUCAGGCCAGCAGGACAGCUACAUGAUUGUGAUGGUGCAACUAGCGAAAAGGAUUGUUGAUAUAAACUUUAUUUAUUUAGAAGAAAUGUUGAAAAAAAUCAGUAGAAAUUAUGAGAAGAAGGAGGCGAACUCAUUACAUCUUAACAUAAAUUGACUGAGGACAGAGGACAGCACUAGAAAAAGGAUUGUUGCCACACCAGAAAAUCAUUAAAUCCGAGCCACUGACGAGAACGAUAAAUAUCUUACCAAGCCGACGGUAUUAUUUGGGCGUUUGAUGAUGGUACAAUAUAAAAAUCGCCAUGCCACUAUAAAAGAAUAAAAGAAUUAAAUGAACUUGAUAAAUUUGUUGACUAUGCAAAACAUAAUCAAACUGAACAGUGUAAACAAAUGUUAAAUCAAACGAGUAUCAAUUUAGUUAAUAUGAAACCAUCAUGUAGAAAAUAUUAUUUAAUACAUCAUCUGGCGUAUGUUAACAAUCUUCGUGAAUUUGAUGAACUAAAAAAUUUAGAUACAUAUCAUUUUAAUAUGUUGUUAUUAACUAAUGAUAAUAAAACAGCAGCUGAAGUAGCAUUUGAAAAUCAUUAG